AUGGUAGGAAAGAAGAAGCGCGGUCAUCCAGAUGUCGAGGAGCUGUUGAACCGCCCUUGGUGUUAUUAUUGUGAGCGCGACUUCGAUGAUUUGAAGAUCCUCAUCUCCCAUCAAAAGGCGAAACAUUUUAAAUGCGAACGAUGCGGUCGGCGAUUGAACACUGCUGGAGGACUCUCCGUUCAUAUGAAUCAAGUACAUAAAGAAACUUUGGCAAGUGUCGACAACUCUCUCCCGAAUAGACAGGGUCUCGAGGUCGAAAUCUUUGGUAUGGAAGGUAUCCCAGAAGAUGUGGUUCAAGCACAUAAUCAGCGCAUAAUCUCAGGUUUCUACCAGGCCGAGCAAGAUCGUCGCGCUGCUACGGGAAAUCCUGCUCCAGGGACAGCGAACGCUGGUGGAGGACAAUCGAAGAAACCAAAGGUGGAAUCACCAGCGGAUUUGAAGAAAAGGUUAGCAGAGCACAAAGCCCGAAAAGCUGAACAAGCAGCGAAUGGUAGCAGCGGUGCAAAUACACCCUUAGAUGUUACUGUUCAUAAUGCCCCAAGUCCUUUGACGGCGACACAAAGUCCCGGUGCAUUUAAUGGCUCUCCAUUUCCUGCUCCUCAGAAUUCUUUUGCUGCUGCUACACAAGGUGCGGGUUAUGGAUCAUUUUCUCAAGAACCGUACGUUCAACCUGCGACAGCUUACCAACAGCCAUAUAAUCAACAGCCGCCCUUUACCGGACCUCCCGGUCAAUCUUAUCAACCUCAAUACUCACCUUCACAAUACCCCCCUAAUGGUUAUCAACCAUCUUCGUAUGGCGCAGGCUCCCCCCCUCCAGGUCCUUUCAACGGAUAUCAACCAUCAUCGUCUCACGCUCCACUUACACAUAGUGGUCUCCCCAAUCGACCUCCAAGUCUACCAGCAGCACCUGGUCUACCCCAAAGACCUUCGUUUGGUGCACCACCAGUUCCAUCAUAUCAAAUGCAACAAAUGCAUCAAAAAGGUGGUUGGAAUGGUAAUGGAUGGAAUGGACAAGAUCAAAACUCAGCUAUGUCAUCAGCUUAUCCUCAUCCUCCAGGUCUUAAUGGGGAGCAUUCGACUAACGCAUCUACUGUGGAUGACCUUGUUUCAGGCGCUGCCAGAGAUGCUGAUGAUGACAUUGACAAAAUAAUCAGGAUGGCAGAGGCAGGUAUCAAGCCCCCGAAGAAGGAUGCGCUCGAUCCGUCAAAACCCGAAACUCCAGAAGUCGUUGCUGCUCCUGAAAUUGCCGAUAAGUUAGAGCCCAAACCCGAAGCAAAUAUUGAGGUUGCAGAGAAGAAGUCGAAGAAAGAUAAACCGAUGAAGAUGAUAUACUCAGAUAAUGAUGUUAGUCCAGAGGAGAAAAUGGCGAAGAUGCCCAGGUACGCAUUUGUCCCAGAUGGAAAGAUUGAAACAUCCCUUGAGGACUCUGUUGCUGCUGUUACUGCCGAAAAUUGA